GUGGGAAAAUAAACCCAUCACUUUAGCUGUUUAUGGGCCAUAGCCCAUAAGCACCGGUCCAAUAUAAAUACACCGUGUAUUGUAUCUUCGUGUAGCUGCGAGGUCACAAAUUAGGGUUUCAGAGUGAAGGAGGUUGCUGCGGCUCACAGCGAAGAUGCCUUCCCACAAGACGUUCAGGAUCAAGAAGAAGCUGGCCAAGAAGAUGAGGCAGAACAGGCCCAUCCCUUACUGGAUCCGCAUGAGGACUGACAACACCAUCAGGUAUAAUGCGAAGCGUAGGCACUGGCGCCGCACCAAGCUCGGAUUCUAAGGUGGAUGAACAUUCAACAAGCUCUAUCAUUCUAGGUUUAGUAGCCAAUUUGUAACUUUUAUCACUGGUGCCAAAUGGAUACUUGUUAGUUUCAAUGUUUUCCCAGUAUUAUAUUUGUCAUUUUACUGUUUAUUUGGCGCUAUUCAUGUGAAACUAUGAUGGAGGCUUUAUUAUAUUGCCGUUGCUUUUUACC